AUGACGGAAAAAAGAGUAAUUCUUUUAGUUGGGAAAACGGGUAAUGGUAAAUCUACCAUAGCCAACGUUUUAACCAAUACCAAAGAUUUUAAAGAGUUCAGUGGUUCUCAAAGUGGGACUAAGAAAAUUCGGGUGGGAAAAUUUCAGCAUGAAGAAAUUGAAUAUACUGUAAUUGAUACUCCUGGAAUCAACGAUACUAAUCCUGAAAAUGAAAAGAACAUAUAUAUGGAAAUAGUUGAAGCUGUUUAUAGUUUUAAAGAUGGUAUAAACCAAGUCCUCUUUGUUACUAAAGGUAGAUUGACGAAGGAAGAGAAAAAUUGUUAUAAUCUACUCUUUGAGGCUUUUUUCGACGAAGAGAAAAUUCCUAAUUUUAUUACUAUUGUCCGAACAAAUUUUGGAAACUAUGUAGAUGAAGUUGAACGCGAAAAUGAUAUUAAUGAAAUGAAAGAUCAAGGCAACGAAAUUUCGAAUUUAAUCAAAUUUCGUGAAGGAAAAAAUGUUAUUCACAUUGAUAAUCAUCCUAGGCAUCAGGAAGAUCGUGAUGAUUCCAGAAAUGUGUUAUUAAAACAUUUGAAAGAAUGCAAUGAGAUUUAUCGACAUGAAAUUCCUUCAUCGGUUGAAAAGGAUAAAAGAGUCGAAGAAACAAAAAUAGUGAAAGACGAAAUUAUUGAGAUACUUAGUCUCAAAAAGAACGCUAAUGGGGCUAUCAAAUUUGGAGAUAGAAUGAAGAGUGCAGGAAAAAAAAUUUAUAGUCGUGGAUUAUCAAUAGAAUCGAUUAUGACUGCGGGAUUCAUUGUUCCGGCUGUUGGAUUCCAGGCAUAUGUAUUAGGUUAUACAAUUGAAUCUGUUGGCGGAUUGGUUCAUCAAUCUAGUUUAAAUAGUAGGCGCAAGAAAGUUGUGGAAAGGGUCGAGACAUGUUUAAGUAAGUCAAAUGCUUUAUUAGAAAAAUUAAAAGAAUGCGAAGAAAAUUCUGAUAAAUUAGAUGAAGUUCUUGAAGAAUGUAUUGAUGAGUUAAUUGAGGAGCGAAAGUUUCAUGUUGUUGGAUUGGAGAUAGAAGAAAUGUUUCAGAAAAAAUCGAAAGAAGAGCCACUAAACAUUAGCUAA